ACCUCAAGAAGCCACAGUCUAUCAAAAAAUGGUUUACUGCGACGUCUCAGGCCGUGAAACCAGGCUGCCCUUGUGCAUUGAAGGAGAAGGCAUAGAACCCCAGCUCCGUUUAAGCUUUGAGCAGCUGGACAUUGGGAAGGUUUUUGUUGGAUCAACCAACAUCUAUGAGGUGAUCCUGUUUAACAAAGGAGCCGUUGAUGCUUCCUUCAUCUUGGUGCAUCCAACUACAGCUCUGGCCUCCUGCUUCACCUUUGUGCCCCGGGAGGGCACCAUUUCACCAGAUGGACUCCAAGUCAUCAAGAUCUCCUUCAGUUCCAACAUCCUGGGGAAGUUCAAGAAAGCAUUCAAGUUCAGGAUGAAGGGAUCCCCUGAGUUUGUGACUUUGACUAUCAG